AUGGCGGCUCCCAGAAUACUACGGCCGGCCUCCCGACUGCUGGCCUCGCGCUUUGCCCCAGCAGCCCGCUACUCGGCCUUCCAGCCCGCAGUCUUCUCGCAGUCUGCUGUCCAGAGACGCACAUAUGCCAGCCCUAGCGGCGUGAAGGAGAUGACCGUGCGAGAUGCGCUCAAUGAGGCGUUGGCGGAGGAGUUGGCCGGAAACGAGAAGGUCUUCGUCCUCGGAGAGGAGGUGGCACAAUAUAACGGAGCCUACAAGGUGACCAAGGGCCUCCUCGACCGUUUCGGCGACCGUCGAGUUAUCGAUACUCCUAUCACCGAGCAAGGUUUCUGCGGUCUCGCCGUGGGAGCUGCUUUGGCCGGUCUACACCCAGUGUGCGAGUUCAUGACCUUCAACUUCGCCAUGCAAGCCAUCGACCAGAUCGUCAACUCUGCCGCUAAGACCCACUACAUGUCUGGUGGUAUCCAGCCCUGCAACAUCACAUUCAGAGGACCCAACGGUUUCGCUGCUGGUGUUGCUGCCCAGCACUCCCAAGAUUACUCCGCCUGGUACGGAAGCAUACCUGGCUUGAAGGUUGCUACUCCAUGGAGCGCCGAGGACGCCAAGGGUCUUUUGAAAGCUGCCAUCCGUGACCCUAACCCGGUUGUCUUCCUCGAGAAUGAGCUGCUGUACGGACAAUCUUUCCCCAUGAGCGAAGCUGCGCAGAAGGACGACUUCGUUAUCCCACUUGGAAAGGCCAAGAUUGAGCGCCCCGGAAAGGACCUCACCAUCGUCACUCUCUCCCGAUGCGUGGGCCUGUCCCUGCAGGCUGCCGCCCAGUUGAAGUCCAAGUACGGUGUUGAAGCUGAAGUCAUCAACCUUCGAUCCGUCAAGCCACUCGACGUCGAGGCCAUCAUCAAAUCCGUCAAGAAGACCGGCCACUUGAUGGCCGUUGAGUCCGGAUUCCCCAUGUUCGGUGUCUCGUCCGAGAUCCUCGCCCUCGCCAUGGAGUACGGCUUCGACUAUCUCCACGCCCCUGCCAUCCGUGUCACCGGUGCUGAGGUGCCAACCCCAUACGCCGAGAAGCUGGAGAUCAUGAGUUUCCCACAGGAGGACACCAUCCUGGCCCAGGCCACCAAGCUCCUUCGACUAUAG